AUGCGGCAUAACAAGGUGUUCAGCAUCGAUAAGAAGGAUAACUCAGUUCACGAGCCAGCAGCAGCAGCAGCAAAUGCGUUACCACCACCUGAUCCGGAGGAAAAGAACCAACAGAAAGUUCAGCCAGCUCCCGCUGCCAGUCCAGCUCCAGUCACCAUCACACCAUUAUCUAGGAAAGCUCAGGCAGUGGACGAGGCAAUUCCUGUGACUGAGACAAAAUGGCAAUAUUUUCGCAAAAAAUGGGUAUUGGAUACAAAAGACGAGUUUUAUUACUACUGGCUGGGCACUUUAUCGUGCGCAUUUGCCUAUAAUCUAAUUGUUGUCAUUGCGCGAUCCGUCUUUCAUGAACUCGCAUCCGGAUAUUAUUGGAUUGCAUGGGUAGUUGUGGAUUUCAUAAUGGAUAGUAUUUAUGUUUUUGAUAUCGAAUUGAUUGGCCUUGGCUCCGACGGAUGGGUCUACGGUGAACUCAACAAACAAAGCCUACCCGAGUAA